AUGAGUUCUGAAAAAAAAAAGGGGAGGGGGUUACCUAAGAUUGAUGGAGGAGUAAGGAAAAAUGAUUGGAAGCUGCUUGAAGGUCGAAAAGAGAUGAAGACAGGAGGGAAAAUGGUGAUUCUCGCCGCUUCUUCUUCUCCGGUGAACAGUGUUGAUGGUCCUCUUUGUGGUCGGAGGCUUGCUUCAACUGGCCAUGGCGGUGGUUUGGUGGUGAUUGGAUCAGUCUGCAAUCAAAAUAGAAUGAAGACGAGAGGAUGGGCUGAAGAAGGCAACAUCUUUGGUUGUUGCUGGACAGUGGACAAUGAUCUUGCAUUAAAAAUUUACAUAAAAGCUAGAGCCACUCCCAAAGUUGUUGCAGCUUUUGCUGAAAGAAGGGAGUUUGAUAAAAUUCUGAUUUACUCCAAGCAGGUUGGGUAUUCACCUGAUUAUCUCUUCCUUCUACAAACAAUUCUUCGAUCAGAUCCUCAGGGUGCUGUAAAUUUUGCUUUAAUGAUGUCCCAAAUGGAAGGAGGAUGUCCUGUUGAUUACAACACCAUUACAGAUCUUUUCCUUCAGAGGAACUUGAUACGAGAGGCAACAGCUUUCCUCUUGGAUGUUCUUAAACCCAAUUUACCCGAACAUGCCCACCUCCAAACCAAGGUCCUUGAAAUCAACCUUGUAACAUUCCCUAAUGUUGCUGAUGCCAUAUUAGCUAAUGGGAUGUUCAGUCACUAUGAUCGCCCUCGAAUUGCUCAACUUUGUGAGAAAGCAGGUCUUUAUGUCCGGGCCCUUUAGCAUUACAGCGAGUUGCCAGAUAUCAAACGUGUCAUU